GUCUGCUGACUGUUCAUGAGCAGUGACAGUAUAGCUAACCAAGUGACCCUAAAGGCCGAGGUGAUGGGGGACAAGAAAAACGAAGAGAAAGCUCCUCUAGUAGCUGAGGAAACAAAGGUGAAGGUGCUUCAUGAAACUGAGGCCACCCUGGAUGUCGAUGGCGUGACUGAUUACGGCCUCACUGGAGCAAACUCCAUCUACUCGGCGAUUCUCAGCAGAAACGAGGAGGUCAAAGAUGCCAAGCGACUGAAGACUUUUUUGGAACUGCGAGACAAAUAUGUGAAGAAGAAGGUUUUGUUUGAGGACCCUCUGUUUCCUGCAAACGACUCAAGUCUUUUCUACAGCCACAAACCAUCGAUGAAGAUUGAGUGGAAGCGUCCCUCAGAGAUCUGUGAAAACCCUCAGUUCAUCAUAGAUGGAGCCAACAGAACCGAUAUCUGUCAAGGAGAACUCGGUGACUGCUGGCUGCUUGCCGCCAUCGCCUGUCUGACGCUGAGUGAAAAGCUGCUGUACAGAGUCAUCCCACCGGAGCAAAGUUUCACAGAGAACUAUGCUGGCAUCUUCCACUUCCAGUUUUGGCGUUACGGUGAAUGGAUCGAUAUAGUUGUAGACGACCGGAUCCCCACCUGCAACAAUCUCCUAGUUUUCACCAAAUCGUUCAGAGAAAAUGAGUUCUGGAGUGCCCUUCUGGAGAAAGCCUACGCCAAGCUGCAUGGGUCUUAUGAAGCACUGAAAGGGGGGAACACGUUGGACGCCAUGGAGGACUUCACGGGGGGAGUCACGGAGCUCUUUGAGUUGUCCGAGGCGCCCAAAGGCCUGUUCAUCAUCAUGAAGAAAGCUCUGGAGAGAGGCUCGCUGAUGGGCUGCUCCAUUGACGACACAUCAGGUAAUGAAAUAGAGAGCCGGACAGAACAAGGGCUGGUCAGAGGUCACGCCUACUCCAUCAUAGCCCUGGAAGAGUGUGACCAGGUUUCAGGGGAUGCCAAAAUUCGCCUGAUUCGUCUACGUAAUCCCUGGGGUUGGGUGCUCUGGAAGGGUCCAUGGAGCGUGAAUUGCAGGGCCAGAAUCAGCAUCUGCAGAAGGACUUUUUCCUCUACAACGCCUCCAAAGCAAAGUGUAAGACCUACAUCAACCUGCGCGAGGUGACGGAGCGUUUCCGCCUCCCUCCGGGGGAGUACGUCAUCCUACCGACAACCUUUAAGGCUCACGAAGAGGGGGAGUUCCUCCUCCGGGUGUUCUCUGAGAAUAAAAGCACAUCAGAGGAGGCAGAGACUACAAUUGACAAAAUCCAGAAAGGAAAGCCAAUCGUGUUUGUGUCCGACAGAGCACGCGCCAAUAAAGAAAUCGAGCACGAGGGCAUUCGGGGGGAGAAGAAAAAGAAACCAAAGCGUAAACUGCUACAACCUGUGGAAGAGACGGAGGAGGAAAAGCAGUUCCGAGCAAUUUACCAGAAGAUUGCUGGUGAGGACAUGGAGAUCUGUGCUGGCGAGCUGAUGACGAUCAUGAAGAACGUACUCUCCAAGCAUAGUGACAUAAAGUCCGAAGGUUUCAGUCUGGAGACGUGCCGCAGUAUGAUCGCUUUGAUGGACACUGAUGGGUCUGGAAAGUUGAAUCUGCAGGAGUUCAAACAUUUGUGGAAAAAGAUCAAGAUGUGGCAGCUCAUCUUUAAAAGCUACGAUAAAGAAGGAAAAUGCUGCAUCAGCAGUUUUGAGAUGAGGAAUGCCGUAAACGACGCAGGGUAUCAUCUGAACAAGCAGUUGUAUGACAUCAUCGCCAUGCGCUACGCAGACAAGCAGCUCAACAUCGACUUUGACAGCUACAUCUGCUGUUUCGUGAGACUGGAGGGCAUGUUCAGAGCGUUCAAUGCUUUUGAUAAAGAUGGAGAUGGAAUAAUCAAACUCAAUGUGCUUGAGUGGCUUCAGCUGACCAUGUACUCUUAAGUCACCAACUUGUGAAUAAAAUGGAAACUUGUGCUUUA